AUGGUAUCGCCCUCUUCCUCUCUGUCAAUUUCAACAACUCAUCGCCGACUUAGGAUUGGAUGCUUACAUAUACAUGGACACGAGUUAUCAAAUCUUGGAUUCGGUAAAGACAAAUUCACGGGCACAUACAAACCCGUUUGGUUGUACAACUCUUCAGAAAUAUGCCGAGAGAACGUUACUACAUGCGAAGUUUUUGACUUUACCACCAACGCUUGGAGGUAUGUUACUCCCGCUGCUCCUUGUCGUGUUGUUGGUUGCCCCGAUCCUGUGUUUGUAGAUGGCUCGCUUCAUUGGUUCACCGCUUGCAAAGAAACCAAAGUUGUAUCCUUCGAUCUUCACACUGAAGCCUUUCAUGUCAUUUGUAAAGCUCCCUUUGCCAAUGUAGAUCGUUUCAAGAUGGGCACCAAGACAUGGGACAAAUUCUGUUCUAUCGAUCUGGAGGUAACUUCUCGUUGGUUUGGUAAUCUACAUUGCGCGCUCCCUCCACUAACACUUUUCCAUGGGGAGGAGAAGAAGAAGAAGAAGAUGUUGUUACAUAAACGUGGGUUAAGUAAAACGCUGUUGGUACAUGAUCUCCAAACAGGAUCAUAUCAUGCUGCCUUCAUGCUGAAUCCAUCGUGA